AUGUCUCUUCGCCGUUUUCCCAACGCCUCCAAUGUCUCUUCUGAAAUUCUCGGAGAGCAAUUGUGUUUUCCGAAUGGGUGUCAAGCUCAGAAUCGAUUCUUGAAAGCUGCUCUAACUGAAAUUCUCUCUACCUACUCGCCCGACGAACCUAAAAAACAUGGACUACCAACUGAUUCCAUUCUGAAUAUUUAUGAUAAAUGGGGUCAUGGAAAGUUUGGAAUGAUUUUGACAUCAAACGUGCUCGUGGAUCCGACCAAUCUGGAAGCGGCGGGUAACGCAAUCAUCUACCAAGAAGGUGAAUGCCAUGAACGUCGGGCGUUGUUCACUCACUGGGCCAAGUUAAUGAAACAAGAUGGUGCACUGGCUGUCAUGCAGCUCUCUCAUGCUGGAAGACAGACUCCAUCAUACGUAAAUCCCACUCCAUGGUCAGCAUCUGACAUCCAACUGGUGUCUGGUGUUCGUUACACCACUUACGGAAAGCCAAAGCCUCUGUCCACGGAACAAGUGAAGACCGAAGUGGUGGAUCGAUUUGUUUAUGCUGCAAAAUAUGCCUAUGAAUGUGGUUUCCAUGGAAUCCAGUUGCACGCAGCCCAUGGAUACCUGUUGUCACAAUUCACAUCUCCCACUACCAACAAGAGAACUGACAAGUAUGGAGGGUCACUCGAGAAUCGACAAAGAGUCAUUCUAGAGAUCUAUAAUGCGAUCAGAGCUGAGAUUCCAGCAUCCACUGGUUUCCUUGUUGGAAUAAAAACCAAUUCAGUGGAGUUCCAAGCGGAAGGGACUACCCUUGAACAAGGAAAGGAGAUGUGUCGAGUGUAUGAAGAGAGUGGAUUUGAUUUUGUGGAGCUAUCAGGGGGAACGUAUGAAAAAAUGGCGUUUUGUCAUGAGAGGGAGUCCACAAAGAAGCGAGAAGCCUUCUUUUUAGAGUUUGCGGAAGAGAUCCGUCCAGUUUUCAAUAAAACCGUUGUCUACUUGACUGGCGGAUUCCGAUCAGUCUCCGCGAUGGUAGCUGCGAUUUCGAGCAACGCCACUCAAGGAAUCGGUCUUGGUCGCCCAAUUACUGCGGAGCCGGAUCUGCCAAAGAAGAUUCUGGAGGGUUCGGUACCAUCAGCAGUUCAGGAUCAAUUCGAUCCUAAUCAAUUAACGUUGACGGCUCUUGCAAGUGGCACGCAGAUGGAGCAAAUGGGAAGAACAAGUGUGAAAAGCGUGGGGGGAAACGUCAUGCAUCAGGUAUCGGACUUCAGUUGUGAGGAACUUGUUCAAAAGUACAUUGCCACGACUGUGUUUCAGCCAUUUUACAGAGCUUUGAAAAAUACAGACGGGUUGCUGGAAAAUAAAAACGUAAAGGUCAUCAAUUACUACCCAAACCAUUACGAUGAGUUGGUAAACCAGGCGACACAAACAUUUCCAGCUUUUUGGGAAUCCUAUUUUAUGAACAAUCCAGUUUUUCAAACCUUUCAAAUUCCAAAAACCCUCGCUAAUGAUUACAAAAGAACAGCAGUUCAAUUAAUGAAAGAUCAAAAAAUACAAGAAGAGCUACGCAGUCAUAAGUACGAUGUGAUGAUAGUUGAGGCUUUUGAAUUAAGCGGAUUUUAUGUUGCUCAUCUGAUCGGAAUUCCAAGCAUCCCUGUUAUAUCAGCAGUGCGUUCAGAGCCAACCAGCGAACUAUUCGGACAAAAAUCGGUGUUGGGAUUUGUAGCUCGAGAAGGUUCGAGAAUGGCUCCUGAUGCUGGAUUCUUCGAAAGGCUCAAUGAUGUUUAUAGAGAUUUUUUGUGGAAGAAGUUAUUGAAUAUAUUGGGUGAUCUACAGUAUUCGAAUAUUCAAGGAGCCAUCGAUCGACCAGUUCCGUAUUGGAAGGAUCUAGUGAAACAGUCCCCGAUUUUUAUCACUAACUCAAAUCCCUAUUUGGAUUUCGCAGUUCCUGCAACUCCUGCAAUAGUGAAUGCCGGUGGGAUCACUAUGGACGUCAAUAGAAAACCAGAGAAACUUACCGAAGACUACGAGAUGAUUUUGAAAGCGCGGGAUUUUACAAUUCUGAUUUCUUUUGGCUCAGUGAUCCGCUCAUUUCAAAUGCCGGAUCACUUCAAAUAUGGACUUAUCAAGAUGUUCGAGUCUCUGCCAGAUGUCACUUUUAUCUGGAAAUAUGAGAAUGAAGACUCGAAAUUUCAAAGGGAACUUCCAAAGAAUGUUCAUCUGAAACAGUGGGUUCCACAAACCGCACUUCUCUCUGACAAACGAUUGAAACUAUUCAUCACCCAUGGCGGGUUGGGAAGUACUAUGGAGCUUGCCUAUUCUGGAACACCUGCACUAAUGGUCCCAGUAUUCGCGGAUCAGUAUCAAAACGCUGCAAUGCUUUCAAGACAUGGAGGAGCGGUGGUUUACGACAAGUAUGAUUUACAGGAUGGAGAGAAACUGGCUGGAAUUGUCAAGGAAAUUAUCAUGAAUCCAAAGUAUAAGUGGAAUGCCGAGAGACUUUUGAGAGUUUUGUCUAAUCAGCCAAUCGAUGUGAAGGAGAAUUUAAUGAAACAAGUCGAUUUUGCCAUAGAGUGA